UUAACAGGCGGGGAUCGCUUUCUCACCCAUGUAGUUGACGUAUUUUCUCCAUCCCUUGACUUCAUGCGGCUUGACAGUCCUGAUGACGGGGUUGGACGGCGAGGGGCAUGACUGGAGGCAGCAGUAGGCCUCUGACGGCUUGGCAGCGUUGGCAUAGUAGUUGAUGGCGUUGCACAGCUCCGUCUCCUCGAUGGCCUCGCACUCCAUUUUGCACAGCUCAACUGACCCAACUCCCGUCUUGCAGGCCCCACCAACCGCCAGGCACCCCAGCACCCAGGUCUCGCCCAUCCCAAUCUCAUGCCAGUCCCCUGAAGUGGCUGCAUAGUGUCAAGCACGCAUUGAGACAUGCAGAAGAGACCUUUCAGGGAUGUUCCUUGGGCUGGACUGGACUGACCGAAGCAGACGAAUUCCUCCUUGUCUGUGUUGAUUCUUUCGAGGAAGUGGGGGAGCUUGGUGGCCGAGAUCUCCGCCAGAAGGGGACUGUCGCGGUCGCACGAGUAGGUCGGGGCGGCUGUCGAGCUGUCCUCACCCGCCUUGGUGUCCUUGAUGCGGCAGCAACCGUGCAUACCGGGGUGAGCUCCGACUGCACCCAUGAAGCAGCGAGAUGAGCAGAGCGGGAAGAUUUGUGUCUCAUGGCUGUUCCAACCUUUCCUCUUGGUCACGAACGAGGUCCCGGGUUCAGCAAUGAUCUUGUAGACCUCCUCCAUGUCCUUGCCGCCCCUUGUGCCGCGGAUGAACCGCCCUAUCCACUCCUUGGGCACGAGAGGCGGCCCCUCUGGCAGACCCUCUAGCUGCUGAGCCUUCACUUGCUUCACCUUCUUGCAAGGAUUGCCUGCACGCAUAAGUACAUCACCGCAGCAGUCACUGAGUGCGUGAGUCGCCUGUCUGUGUGGCCUUGCUUGCCAUAGAUGGUGUCUCCGCAUUUGGAGAAGGUCGCCCGCUUGAAGACGCAAAGUGCCGUUGUGUUGUCCAGCGGGUAUCUCAUGUCGCCUUCGCAACUGCUGAGGGCAUCCCGCCCCAAGACCUCAGCGAACUCAUCUUCCGGCAAAGCGUCUAAGAAGUAUAUUGUGUCGUUGUAAUCGUGCCGCUGGAACCGAUUUCUCAGCACUGUACAACGAGAGGCAGAGAGACACGUCGAUGGCAUGACGGGGAGUCAGUCUGCUGUAUCUUGCUCACUUGGGAUCUUCAGAUAGAUGGGCUUGUCAGUGCAUCCGACAAGUAUCUCCUUGUUGAACACUUUGAGAUUGGCGAUGGUCAUGACAGCCUUGUCGCUAUCCGAAAGCUCCGCCUCGACCGCCUCCGUGUCAGUCUCAGACUCGCUGCUCGGAGGAGCAACUGUUGGUUCAGGUGUGGUCUCGGAUGCAGUGAGCUCAGGUGAGCGGGUUUUCCUCGGCGGGGGGUUGGAUAUGAUGAACGACUCGAUCGAUCCCUCACCCAGCCCGUCAUCCUCCUCUUCCUCCCUCGCCCCCUCCUCCCUCUCCGCCACCCGUUUCGUCAGCUCGCCAAAGGCCCCCUCCCCUCCUACCGUGCUGAUGAAACUGCUGAGAACCUCCUCUGUGACGGGCUGCAGGCGAUGGAACAGCAUCUUGGGCUCGUCAGGAGAGUCGUUGAGGACUUGGCCGCCAAAUGCGCGGCUGUAACAAGGGUCGCCGAAGGGGUUUUUGCAGCACUCGGGCCGCGUGAGGCGGAGACGGUAGCCGUUGAGGAGGUCAGGGGAGAUGAGGACGAGGAACCACUCGUAGUGGUUGUCUGCGGGCUUGUCGUCGCCUUUGUAUUCGGGAUUGUCGAUGAAUUUGCCAUGCCAGUUCUGACAGAAGAGCUCUCCCUCGCGAGUGGCCGCCAUAGAAGAGAACAGACCGGGCCUGACAUAGCAUGUAUACACGAACUUUGCCUCUCCUGCUGUCGGCUUGUCACGUGUGCUGCAAAGCACCUGAGUCUCUGUAUGCCGCACAGUUCCUCACUGCUUUCUCUGAGCGCAGCGCACACGUCACCUCUCUGCGUUUUGCACUUGUGCACUCGACUGCACGCUGGCACCAGAAGCUUUGUGUACAGACCGGCGUUGUCCCGACGGACUGAUCCCAAGGGAGAGAAACACACCGACACAUGCACGGAUGCACACGUGUGUAUCUGUAGGAAAAUGUCCAGCGGUCAUACUCACCCAGGCACAUGUAUCUGUCGUCCCAGGAUGUGUCUUGUGCGCCGCUGGGCUGCCACGGCAGGCAUGUCUCGCGGUCCUUCAAACUCGGAGAUGCGUUAUCCACAAAUGAGAGGUCGGACGACUGAGGCCAGGCUCUGCUGACACAGACGUAUCCCUUCUCGGGUGGGUCGACGAUGUUGUACACUUCGAUGCAGGUCUUGUCUGGGACAAUCCUCUUCUCCCAGGUGAUUCCAAUGUCCGCACGACCGCUCCGGACGCACAGGGCCGCUUGCUUGACGUUGAGCACCUUCGUGCAUUGGUACUGGUCGGGAUUCAUCUCGUCAGUUCUCUGGGCGAAGGCAAAAUCAUCAGGGAAGCGCGGCCAUGGCCUUUGAAGACCCUCUUUGUCUGAGUGGAUAGACGAAUGGCACGACAGACAAGUUGCACAGCAACGUCUGUCCAACACAAUCGGUGGGUGGGCGAUGGUGUCUUACUGGUCGCCCCGGCUCGAUAGGUCAAGUAGAUGUCAUCGUCAAGAUCCUCCCUGGUGAAGUACUUGUCCGCGGCCUCGCUUCUCGCGUCCCGAACCAGCGUCCCUGAGAGCGUUCGAACCGGUCUAGGAAUGCCAACCACAUAGUUGCUGCCGCCUCCAGCCCCCUGGUGAGGAACUUGCCCGAGUACAAGGUGCAU